AUGGGAAAAAGAAGAGGAGGAGGAAGAGGAGGGGGAGGCAGCAGCAAAAAGCCACUACAGAACUCGCUAGCAACGCCUAAACAGUCAAUCAUACUGAGUACAAAAGGCGGAAAUCACAACCCCAAGUCUUUACUGAAGCUCGAACACUUGCAGAAUCUUGCAUCAUGGGCUAGUGAAGAAGCUUCUAUCCCUUCUCUUGCUGCCUUUUUUGGGCGUCAGUUUGCCUCUUCUGCAGAGGUGUUGGGUGUCCCACUCGACCCUUCUGCUUUGUUUCAGUGCCAGAGGUGUGAGACAUUUCUUCGGCCUGGCUUUAACUGCACAAUAAGAAUUGAAAAGAACCAAGCAAAGGCAAGGCGUCGACACAAGAAUAAUGUGGUCUACAAAUGCCACAAUUGUUCAUGUUUUAAUCAAAAGAGAGGGACUCCUAAAGGCCAUAUGAAGGAAAUAUGCCCAAACAAGCCCAAGCCACCUUCUAAAUCAAAAUCUGCCAACUUGGAGGAAGGCACGAGUAACAAAGAUGAGAUAGUUAAGGUAGAUGAGACAACUUCGCCUGCAAUAUCUGUGGAUACUUCCGUGAUAGACAAUUUAACAAAUCCAUUUCCGAGGAUUGAAACAGAUGAGAUAAUCAAGAUAGACGAGACAGCUUUGCCUACAAUACUUAUGGAUACUUCCAUCACAAACAGUCCAGCAACUCUGUUUUCGAGAGUUAAGACAGACGAGAUAAUUAAGAUUGACGAGACAGCUUUACCUGCAAUAUCCAUGAGCUCAUCCAUCACAAACAGUCCAGCAACUCCACAACCAAGCAGUGGAUUUUCUCCGUUGGAUGCAAAGAAGAGAAAGAGAAAUAAAUCAGCUAAAAAACCAGAGCAAUCUGAAAGCAGUUCUGCUGCAAUGGAUGCUGAAAAAACUGUCAUCACAUCAAGAGAAACACAGCCAAUGAAAUGGGCAAUGCGACUUAGAAUGGCUCUACAUCUUGUGCAAGCUCUAGAAUAUUGUACCAGCAAGGGACGUGCUCUGUAUCAUGAUCUGAAUGCUCAUAGAAUUGCCUUUGAUGAUAGAUGGAAAAAGUUACCGUACAAACUUAUGCAAGCUCUAGAAUAUCGUACCAGCGAGGGAUGUCCUCUGUAUCUUGAUCUGAAUGCUUAUAGAAUUGUCUUUGAUGAUGUCUCAUUCCAGAUGUGGACCAACCAAAUGCAGGACACAUUAAAUUCGAAGAAGAAAGGAGACGUUGCUUUCCGGCACAAAGAUUUUAGAGCUGCCACUGAAUUCUAUUCCCAGUUCAUUGAUGUUAGAACCAUGGUUUCCCCAACCGUUCAUGCACGCCGAAAUCUAUCCUACCUCAUGAGCGACAUGUUGCAGGAGUCCCUAAAUGAUGCAUUGCAAGCCCAGGCAAUAUCCCCUAUGUGGCAUAUUGCAUCAUAUUUACAAGCAGCAGCACUUUUUACAUUGGGAAGGGAGAAUGAGGCACAAGCAGCUCUAAAAGAGGGAUCAACUCUUGAAAAUAAAAAGAACGCAAAUGCCUGA